AGAAAGAGAGAGGGGCUGUAGAGAGAGAAGAAAAUCUGAGGGGGCAGAGAGAGAAAAGUCCUUAAAUUCACUGCCCGCACUUAGCCCAGAGCCCCAUAAAAUAGAGCAGAGGGUGCAGCGAGCGAGAGUAGUAGCAAUUGCUGGUUCUUUCUUUCUCCUUCUCCUGCUUCUGCUCAGAAGCUAUAAAGAAGAGAGUGCUUUGGCUAUUGUAGUAAGUUUGACUGCUAUUUUUCUGUUUUGAACAGAGAAAUCCGAAGGCCACGAGGAUGAUGAGAAGAUUAUCGUUCAUGGGAAUAUGAGAAAGCAAGACACUGUGCUACCACUCAUCCUCUCAAGUUGGUAGGUAGGUCUCUUGUGUGUGUGGUUGAGAAAGAAACUUUACUUGUAGCAGCAGGACUGAGACAUACAUAGCCACUGGGGAGUAUAGAGAUAGAACAACAGAUAGAUACAGCACUCAACUCAUCAAAACAGACAACCAAGUAUUUGGUUUGCAGCCAUGGAUGGGUAUGAAGCUACAAGAAUUGUUUUCUCACGGAUCCAAAACUUGGACCCUGAGAAUGCUUCCAAAAUCAUGGGCCUGCUUCUGAUUCAAGACCAUGGGGAGAAAGAAAUGAUUAGAUUAGCAUUUGGUCCUGAAGCUCUGGUUCACUCUGUGAUUGUCAAAGCUCGCAGGGACUUGGGAUUAUCCUCGUACUCUCCGUCUACACCUUCAACUCCUCCUCCAUCUUCUUCUUCGUCGUCUUUCCUUUCAAGGCAAAAUUCUACUCCUUCAAGGCUAAGCAACACCGGAGUCAACUUUCCUCCUCCUGCUCUUACAAUCCCAAACCCCUCUUCUUCACCGGCUUGGGCUGAUAACUUGAUGAGCCCAAACAACAAUUUGCUUGUUGGCUCUAAUUCUCCGCAUAUCAACGUUCCAUCGCCAUCUUCUUCCUUACCCUUUUAUGGGUCUGAUCCAAUUGACGAGUUUCAACUUCAGGACCAGCUUUCUUUCCUCAAUGAUGGCUCUCCUACCCUUGGCAGGAAGAACCCAGAUUUGUUCUAUCCUCAAUCUGACUUAUCUUCUAGUCCUACCGGCGGCGACACUACCGUUUUCCCCUCUUACGGGUGGGGCGGGUCAGUCCAUCGCCGAAGCUGCUCUGUUAAUGAAGCUUGUUUGGGGUCUGAGGAUCCGAAUUCUGGGUUGGGUUGGAAGCCUUGUCUUUACUUUGCUAGAGGGUAUUGCAAAAACGGCACUAGCUGUAGGUUCCUUCAUGGGGGAGGAAUUGGAGAUUCUGAUGGUGUUUCAAUGGUUGGGUCUCCCAGUAAGAUUGAGAUGUUGGACCAGAGCAGCCAUGAGCUUCUCAGAUCUAAAACUGCUCAGCAGCAAAGAUAUCUCAUGCCUUCUUCUAUGCCUUACUCUCCAAAGGGCAUGAAUUUUCUACUACAGCAGCAGCAAAAUGAUACCCAGAGAGCUGCAGCCGCACUUAUGAUGAACGAGGAUUUGCACAAGUUUGGGCGAUCCAGGCUAGAAAGAAAUGAUUUUUCACUUAAUGGAGGUUCUGGAAUAGGAAACCCAGCUUCCAGGCAGAUCUACUUGACCUUUCCAGCUGAUAGUACUUUCAGAGAGGAAGAUGUUUCAAAUUACUUCAGCAUUUAUGGUCCUGUUCAAGAUGUGAGGAUUCCAUACCAGCAGAAGCGUAUGUUUGGAUUCGUCACUUUCGUACAUCCAGAGACUGUGAAGCUCAUCCUGUCCAAGGGAAACCCCCAUUUCGUCUGUGAUGCUCGCGUGCUAGUCAAGCCUUACAAGGAAAAAGGCAAAGUCCCAGACAAGUACAGGAAACAGGUUGAAAGGGGGGAUUUCUCACCGUGUGGUACUCCUACUGGACUUGACGCUAGGGAUCCAUUUGAUCUCCAACUUGGAGGGAGAAUGUACUAUAAUACUCAAGAUAUGCUGUGGAGGAGGAAGUUGGAGGAGCAAACUGAUUUGCAGCAAGCUCUUGAGCUCCAGAGUAGGAGACUCAUGGGUCUACAACUUCUUGACAUCAAGAAGCAGCACCAGAGAGCAUUUUCAACAGGAAGCCCAAUUCCUCCCCCUACUCCCGCUCCCAACAUAGUCAAUCAGAAUCUUGUUCUUCCUUCAUUUCAUGGUGGCAACUCUGAGGCAUCACCAGAGGAUUGUGGUUUGAGCUCUGCUCCUGCAAGCACGGCACCUAUCUCUGUUUCUCAGCAGCCACCAAUGCAGCCAAAGGUGAAUAUUUCUGUUGGCAACGUGACAACCAAUGGCGAAAAUGGAGGUAGCAGUGGCAGUGAUGGCAAUGACAAGCUGAGCUCUAGUCAUGAAGAUUGUAAUUUUCAAGAAUGUUGCAGUUUGGAGCAUAACCUCCCAGAUAGCCCUUUCGCUUCUCCCACAAAAGCUGCUGGAGAUUACAUGGCUACUUUCUCCAAUGGAGGACCUAAUGAGGCCAUUGAUUCAGAUGGCUCAGCUGCAUCUACCAACUCCGAAUUUGGCGCUACAAAUGCAUUUCUUCCAGCGCCAUCUUCUCUUGACGUGGGAUCUUUCAAAUCCUUUAAUUGUCAGAUUCCCAGGUUUUCUUCCGGUCAUGGGAACAUUGAAAUGUUUGCCGGCAAGGGUGGUGGACCCAUUGCCAUUUAGCAUCCUAAGCUUCAGGAAGAGAGAAGUAAUGGACCAAAGAAGACCAGGAACAGCAAACAAAUCUGUAGAGAAUCAUCACCACCAAGCCCAUCAACAUCAUCAUCAAUACUAUACUACUUACUACCAUACAAAAUGCAUACGUAAAAAGCAGUUUAGUAAAGGAUGUGGGGCACAGCCAUUCCUUUUUCUUUUAUUGUCAUUAUUGUACCAUUGUCCAUCUCUCUCAUCUCUCAUUUCUGUAGUAGCUGAAAGUGAAUGAACCACAGGUAAAAGAAAAAAUAACAUAGAAUCUGAGUCCAUUGGUAUUAGAAAAAAAGUCCCUGGUACUGUAAUUUCUUCUCCCCCUUUCCUUUAAUUACCAGGGGUUGGAUGUAUUCAAGUCUUAGUCCUAUGAUGUUUUAGAGCUUACAGGUAUAAUUAAGUCCUCGUGUUGCUGGAACAAGCUGAGAAAGCAUGAAGUGAAAACAAGAAAAGUUAAAAGCUGAGUUAUAACUACCGAGGCUGAUUCAAUCAUUCAAAUUCCAUUAUGGACAAUUUGACUUUGGAGGCCAGAAGUGAAAAAGGGAAGGGAUGAUUGUUAUUCCUAGCUGGCUAAAGCUUCAAAGUGGAGAUUUCAGACGUCAACCUUUAUUGUGUUGUAGUUUGUCUGUAAUUCCUACUUAGUUUAUAUACACAGUCAACAAACCCCCUUUAGAGAUUACCAGAAAGCAAAGACUUAAAGAGAAAGGUUUACAAGAAAAAUCACAAUGCAAAAAAGUAGAGAUUUUAAGACAAAAUGGUCUGUAUCCUUGCCUACCCAUCUCUUUUGUUAUUAUUUAUAGAUGAAUUCUUGUC